UCAGGUGUCAUGGCGAUUGUUAACUCUGCUUGAGAUCUCCUGUCUCUGCUGAACGGAUUUGUAAACAGCGCCGGCUUCAAUUAAUCCUGGUAGAAAAACGGUCUCAUCUCAAUGCUGUGCUAAUCUAGAUUACAGAAACGCAGGAGUGAUAAUCAUGGCAGCAUCUGAGCUCUAUACAAAGCAUGCCCGGGUAUGGGUCCCUGAUGCAGAAGAAGUCUGGAAGUCGGCUGAACUUCUCAAAGACUACAAGCAAGGAGAUGCAUUGCUUCAGCUCAGACUGGAUGAUGGCACGGACGUGGAACACAAAUUGGACCCCAAAACCAAAAACUUGCCCCAUCUACGUAACCCAGACAUCCUUGUUGGUGAAAAUGACCUCACUGCCCUCAGCUACCUCCAUGAGCCUGCGAUCCUGCAUAACCUCAAAGUGCGCUUCAUGGAUUCAAAGCUUAUCUACACCUACUGUGGUAUCGUCUUGGUGGCCAUCAAUCCCUAUGAGACGCUUCCCAUCUAUGGAGCGGACAUCAUCAAUGCAUACAGUGGACAGAAUAUGGGGGAUAUGGAUCCGCAUAUAUUUGCAGUGGCCGAGGAGUCAUAUAAACAAAUGGCCAGGGAUGAGAGGAACCAGUCUAUCAUUGUGAGUGGAGAAUCCGGUGCAGGGAAGACAGUGUCCGCCAAGUACGCCAUGAGAUACUUUGCUACAGUCAGUGGUUCAGCCAGCGAGACCAAUGUGGAGGAGAAAGUGCUGGCAUCCAACCCCAUCAUGGAGUCUAUAGGAAAUGCCAAAACGACCAGAAAUGACAAUAGCAGUCGUUUUGGUAAGUAUAUUGAGAUUGGAUUCAACAAGAAGUAUCAAAUCAUUGGAGCCAACAUGAGAACCUACCUGCUGGAGAAAUCAAGAGUGGUGUUUCAGGCAGAUGAUGAAAGGAAUUACCAUAUUUUCUACCAGCUUUGUGCCUCUGCACAAUUGCCGGAGCUUAAAGUCCUUAAACUCGGCCAGGCAACCAACUUCCACUACACAAAACAAGGGAGGAGCCCUGUGAUUGAUGGGGUUGAUGAUGCAAAGGAGAUGGUCAACACUAGACACGCCUGCACUUUACUAGGUAUCAGUGAACCCUACCAGAUGGGAAUUUUCCGGAUUCUUGCUGCUAUCCUGCACCUUGGAAAUGUGGAGAUUAAAGCCCGGGAUUCUGACAGCAGCAUAGUCCCUCCUAACAAUGCCCACCUCACUGUCUUCUGUGACUUGAUGGGAGUGACAUAUCAGGACAUGUCCCAGUGGCUGUGCCACAAGAAGCUCAAGACAGCAGCAGAGACCUACAUCAAACCCAUCCCCAAACUGCAGGCCGUCAACGCCAGGGACGCCCUUGCCAAGCAUAUCUAUGCCAAGCUCUUUGACUGGAUAGUGGACCACGUCAACAAAGCCCUGCGCUCCACUGUCAACCAGAACUCUUUCAUUGGAGUGCUUGAUAUUUAUGGAUUUGAGACGUUUGAGAUCAACAGCUUCGAACAGUUCUGUAUAAAUUAUGCAAACGAGAAACUGCAGCAACAGUUUAACAUGCAUGUGUUCAAACUGGAACAAGAGGAGUACAUGAAGGAACAGAUCCCGUGGACAUUGAUAGACUUCUAUGACAAUCAGCCUUGUAUCAAUCUGAUAGAGGCCAAAAUGGGAAUUCUAGAUUUGCUGGAUGAGGAGUGCAGGAUGCCAAAAGGAUCUGAUGAUACAUGGGCCCAGAAGUUAUAUAACACUCACUUGAACAAAUGUGCUCUGUUCCAUAAACCUCGCCUCUCAAAUAAGGCUUUUAUUAUCCAGCACUUUGCCGACAAGGUUGAAUACCAAUGUGAUGGGUUUUUAGAGAAGAAUAAAGACACGGUCAAUGAAGAGCAGAUUACUGUGCUGAAAACAAGCAAGAAGUUUGAGUUACUAGUGGAGCUGUUUCAGGAUGAGGAGAAGGCGACCUCCCCAACAGGGCCCCCGCCUGGCGGUCGCACUCGACUCAGCGUCAAACAAACCAAAACACGCCCCGGACAAACCAGCCGGGACCACAAGAAAACUGUGGGGCUUCAGUUUCGUAACUCUCUUCAGCUGCUAAUGGAUACGCUGAAUGCUACCACCCCCCACUAUGUGCGCUGCAUCAAACCGAAUGAUAACAAACACCCCUUCACGUUUGAUCCCAGUAGAGCUGUGCAGCAGCUCAGAGCUUGUGGUGUCCUGGAAACAAUCCGUAUCUCUGCAGCAGGCUUCCCAUCAAGGUGGACGUAUCAGGAGUUUUUUAGCCGCUACCGUGUUCUCAUGAAACAAAAGGAUGUGUUGAGCGACAGGAGGCUAACGUGUAGGAAUGUCUUGGAGAAGCUGAUCAAGGAUCAAGACAAGUAUCAGUUUGGUAAAACAAAGAUUUUCUUCCGGGCCGGGCAAGUGGCCUACCUGGAGAAACUACGAGCCGACAAACUGCGCGUCGCCUGCAUCCGCAUCCAGAAGACCAUUCGCAGCUGGCUGCUGCGCAAAAAGUACCUGCGCAUGCGGAGCGCAGCCAUCACCAUCCAGAGAUAUGUCCGCGGCUACCAGGCACGAUGCCUUGCCAAGUUCCUGCGCCGGACCCAGGCUGCCGUCACCAUCCAGAAGUUUCAGCGCAUGUACAGGGAGCGCAAGAGGUACCGGCGCAUGCAGGCUGCGUCUCUCGUCGUCCAGUGCAUGCUACGAGCGUACAUGGCCCGGCAGAAGUACCAGGCGAUGCUGCAGGAGCACAAAACUAUCAUUAUCCAGAAGAGGGUACGAGGCUGGCUGGCCCGGCUGCAUUACAAGAGGUCCCUGGAAGCCGUUGUUUACCUUCAGUGCUGCAUCCGGCGCAUGAGGGCCAGACGGGAGCUGAAGAAGCUGAAGAUCGAGGCCCGCUCGGUGGAGCACUUCAAGAAGCUCAACAUCGGCAUGGAGAACAAGAUCAUGCAGCUGCAACGCAAGGUGGAUGAGCAGCACAAAGACAAGAAAGCCAUGACGGAGCGUCUGAAUAGUCUGGCGAACUCGUACGCUGUGGAGAGCGAGAAGCUUCGCAACGAAGUGGAGCGGCUGCGACUGACCGAGGAGGAGGCCAGGAACAACUCGAACCGCAUCACCACCCUGCUGGAGGAGCUGGCCAGGCUGAAGAAGGAGCUGUGUGACACGCAGAGGGACAAGAGGACCAUCGAGGAGUGGGCUGACAAAUACAAACUGGAAACCGAGCAGCUGGUGGCUGAGCUCAAGGAGCAGAACUUGCUUCUGAAGACAGAGAAAGAUGACCUGAACCGCCUCAUUCAAGAGCAGAACCAGGAAAUGACAGAGAAAAUGGAGAAGGCGUUAGCAGAGGAAACCAAGCAGCUGGAGUGUGAGCUGAAUGAAGAGCGCUCCCGAUAUCAGAACCUCCUGACCGAGCACCGGCGCCUGGAGGAUCGCCAUGACGACCUCAAGGAGGAAAUGACGCUCAUGGUGAACAUUCCUAAGCCAGGCCACAGGAGGACAGACUCCACGCACAGCAGCAAUGAGUCUGAGUACACAUACAACUCAGAAUUCGCUGAGUCCGAGGAGAGCGCACGGGGAGCUGAGGAUGUUACUAAGGCUCCUUUGGACAUGUCCCUGUUCCUGAAACUGCAGAAGAGGGUGACGGAGCUGGAGCAGGAGAAGCAGUCCUUGCAGAACGAGUUGGACAAGAAAGAGGAGCAGGCUUACCGAGCCAGGGCCAGGGAGGAAGAUGAGCAGAACAGGGCGAGAGGGGCAGAGCUGGAAUACGAGUCUCUCAAGCGUCAGGAACUGGACUCUGAGAACAAGAAGCUGAAGAAUGAUUUGAACGAGCUGCGCAAAGCUCUGUCUGAGAAGUCUCCCCCGGGGGUCACAGCGCCGGGCUCCCCUGCCUACAAGGUAGUCAUGGAGCAGCUUAACUCCUCCAAUGAGGAGCUGGAGGUCCGCAAGGAGGAGGUGCUCAUCCUCCGCUCCCAGUUGGUCAGCCAGAAGGAAGCCAUUCAUCAGAAGGAGAACAAGCAAACCAUGACUGAAGCCAUGCCCUGCAUGGAGGACGUGCACAAGAUGAGGGAUGCUGGAGAAAUAACUCAAGCAUAUCUAGCCCUGAAAGAAAGCAACAGAUCGCCAAAGUUCACCUCUAAGCCUGUUGCAGUCAGUGAUCUCAUGAGUAGGAUAAGAUCACCCCCCCAAGACUACCAUGCGCUGAAUGAGGAUGGAGAGCUUUGGCUGGUUUAUGAAGGGUUAAAGGAAACCAACAGGCUGCUGGAGUCCCAGCUCCAGACUCUGAGGAAGAGCCACGAGAAUGAGACGGAGGUGCUGCGCGAGGAGCUGCAGAGCGUCAAGGAGGACAACAACAGGCAGCAGCAGCUCCUGGCUCAGAACCUCCAGCUGCCCCCCGAGGCUCGCAUCGAGGCCAGCCUGCAGCACGAGAUCACCAGGCUUACCAACGAGAACCUGUACUUUGAGGAAUUAUAUGCAGAUGACCCCACGAAGUAUCAGUUCUACCGGAUUUCGCUUUACAAACGGAUCAUUGAUCUCAUGGAACAGUUGGAAAAACAGGACAAGACUGUUCGCAAACUAAAGAAGCAGCUGAAAGUAUUUGCAAAGAAGAUUGGGGAGCUAGAAGUAAGCGGUCAGAUGGAAAAUGUGUCUCCAGGCCAGAUCAUCGACGAGCCCACCCACCCUGUCAACAUUCCCAGAAAGGAGAAAGAUUUCCAGGGAAUGCUAGAGUACAAGAAGGAGGAUGAAUCCAAACUGGUGAAAAACCUCAUCCUAGAGCUAAAACCACGGGGUGUGGCUGUAAACCUGAUUCCUGGCUUACCGGCCUACAUCCUCUUCAUGUGUCUCAGGCAUGCAGAUUAUGUGAAUGAUGACCAGAAAGUGCGCACUUUGUUAACCUCAACUAUUAAUGGCAUCAAGAAGAUCUUAAAGAAAAGAGGCGAUGACUAUGAAACCGUCUCUUUCUGGCUGUCUAACACUUGCCGGUUCCUGCACUGUUUGAAGCAAUACAGUGGAGAAGAGUCCUUUAUGAAGCACAACACCCCACGACAGAAUGAACACUGCCUCUCUAACUUUGACCUGGCAGAGUACAGGCAGGUCCUGAGCGACUUGGCCAUCCAGAUUUACCAGCAACUCGUGAAGGUCAUGGAGAACAUCCUUCAGCCAAUGAUAGUUUCGGGAAUGCUGGAACAUGAGACGAUCCAGGGUGUGUCGGGAGUGAAGCCCACUGGCUUGCGUAAGAGGACCUCCAGUAUUGCGGAUGAAGGCACCUACACGCUGGACUCCAUCCUGCGUCAGCUUAACUCCUUCCACUCCACCAUGUGCCAGCACGGCACAGACCCGGAGCUUAUCAAACAGGUCAUCAAGCAGAUGUUCUACAUCAUCGGGGCCGUCACCCUCAACAACUUGCUGCUACGCAAGGACAUGUGCUCCUGGAGCAAAGGAAUGCAGAUUAGGUACAAUGUGAGCCAGCUUGAGGAAUGGCUAAGGGACAAGAAUCUAAUGACAAGUGGUGCUAAGGAGACACUGGAGCCUUUGAUCCAGGCAGCUCAGCUGCUGCAGGUGAAGAAGAAGACGGAUGAGGAUGCGGAAGCGAUCUGCUCAAUGUGCAAUGCUCUUUCAACAGCACAGAUUGUAAAAGUGCUGAAUCUGUACACUCCAGUAAAUGAGUUUGAAGAAAGGGUUUCUGUAUCGUUUAUACGUACCAUACAGAUACGUUUACGAGACCGGAAGGAAUCUCCCCAGUUACUAAUGGACACCAAAAACAUCUAUCCAGUUACAUUCCCAUUCAACCCCUCUUCCCUUGCACUGGAAACCAUUCAGAUCCCCAGCAGCCUCAACCUGUUAUUCCUCACUCGUGUCUAAAGGAAGGGACUGCUCAACUCAUGCUUUGGUUGACAGCAAGUUUAUUUAUAUGUUGCAGGAACAGUCCUGAAUCCAGUCACGUAGAGUUCAGUAUUUGUUAUUUUGGAUUUAGCACGCAAAGCUGUGAAGUCAUGCACUUCAAAAUUUAUAUUUGAGGGCAAUAACAAAAUAAGCCCAGUUCAAUCUAGUGCAUGUAACAAGUUUAGUAGAUAUGCCAGAUAUGUCACCUUAAUGAGUAUUUGGCAUAAUUUCUGAGACUGGCUGCACAAAUUGUAAUGCACGGUAUCUGAAAAAAUACUUUUAUGGUUAUGCUUUUGUUUUUACAAUGGUUAUUUGAACACUCACUCCAAGUGAUGCACUCUAUCACAGUCUAUUAGUUAUUUUAAAUGAAAGCAGUAGAGAAAGCAUUGUCAGGGAGAAGUGUGGCCUUCCAUCUCUAUCACAAGCUGACCUGUUCAGUUAGCUACUCUUACAAUAGCCAAUUUAUGUCUUGCAUUUGUUUUCCAACACCUCUUCAUUUUAGGUGACGUGUUUUUUUUUUUGUUUUUUUUUGUUUUUUUAUAUCAACCUGUGUUUUCUUUACAAUUGUUUCACAUGGAAGGAGUUACACAUUGUUGGGAAUUGGAAAUGUUGAAGUUAAAAAUAUGACUUUGCCUGACUGGAUCGGGCAUUGUAGACACUGCCUGCAACAUAGAUCUCGAGAGAAACAUUAUUAUGAUUCAGGUCAAGACCUGACAACUAAAGCAUGUGGGUUACAGAGCACAGUGUGCACAGAUCUGAGUCGUGAACAUGUAGAAAAAGUCAUGUUCAAAUCAUAAAACAUUUAAGAACAUUGUAAAUUCUCUUGCAUGUUAAGGCAGACUUAAAUCUAAUCUUUUGAUUUUGGUUGAGGAGCUGGUAAAAAUAAAAGAGGAGGAGGAGGAGAACAGGGACUGGUUAUGCUUUAAACAGUUUAUUAACUGGAAAAGUAAACUGUUAAUACAUAGAAUACAUUGUCCAAUAGCUUUCUUAUUUAUGUCGGUAAGAUAUGUAGAAAUGCAGAUGGUCCUAGCCUACUAUUUAAUAUAGAUGCUUCUUUGUUAGUAUUGUGGGUUUACUUAGAAUGCCUAGAUAGCUGCUGUGUCUUGUGUAACUUGCAUAGCUAGAACAAUGUAGCACUGCAGUGUAGUAUUAAGACAUAGUUCUCUUGAAUAUUGUUUACAAUUAAAACAUUAGCUUGAUUUUAUGUGAGUGUCACUGUAACACUUCAAAGUUUUUUUGUUUUUUUUUUCUCCAUGGUAAAGGCUCAAAGAGAUUAAUAUAGAUUGUCCAGUGCUAUUUAUCAUAAUGUGCUGAGAUUUGUAGUAUGACUGCACACUCCUUAAUGUUAAGGGUAAAUGCAUAGGGUUACAAUGCACAGUCUACACUGUAAUACUGUUGUUAAAAUCAUUAAAUUGGUUUGCCUUAUACCAGUGAUCUAAGGCUGAACUAUGAAAGGACCAGGGGAUACUUCUUUGGUGCCUUUACCAUGGAUAGUAGUAAGCCUCAUUUAAGCACACAAGCACACUGGAUGUCUCAUGUAUAAGACAAAGGUUACUUUUUUUAAUGGAGGUCUUUAAAAAUGUAUGGACAGAUUUAAGUUAUUUAUUUCAGUAUUAUUGACAUGAGUUCUGUUACACUGGCCCUUAACUGAAACAGCUUCUAGCAUGUUUGAUUUAAGGGUAUUGUUAAUAGGCAGGGUGUAACAGACAACAUUUCUUUAAUAGAAUAGAAGCAUAACCCUGACUUUAUAGCAUAGCUGAUAUGAUGCUGCCUGCGUUGUUUCAAUUACACAGUGAAUGCUGCUCUGACUAAUUGCCCCCAAGCUUUUUUUUUUUUUUUUUUUUAAAUAGUUUUUUGCUGGUAUAAUUUGUGUGCCCAAUUAAGGGAGGAUUUA